CGGCGGGCUCCGGCCAAAGUCCGCGGGCCCCAAGCCCCCACCACGGGUUCGCGAGGGCUUGCUCCGCCUCGUGAGCUUGGGAUUCUGGUUAAAAAGGCGGCUGGGCGGAGCCGCGGGCCUCCGACGGCGGGAGAACAACGCGGCGAAGAGGCGCCCGGGACAGUCAUGGAGCGCCGCGUGGGAGUAAGGGCCUGGGUGGAGGAGAACCGGGGCUCCUUCCAGCCCCCGGUCUGCAACAAGCUCAUGCACCAGGAGCAGCUCAAAGUCAUGUUCGUCGGAGGCCCCAACACCAGGAAGGACUAUCACAUCGAAGAGGGUGAAGAGGUAUUUUACCAGCUGGAGGGAGACAUGGUUCUCCGAGUCCUGGAGCAAGGGAAACACCGGGAUGUGAUCAUUCGGCAGGGAGAGAUAUUCCUCCUGCCUGCCAGGGUGCCCCACUCACCACAGAGGUUUGCCAACACCGUCGGGCUGGUGGUUGAGCGAAGGCGGCUGGAGACCGAGCUAGAUGGGCUCAGGUACUAUGUGGGUGACACCAUGGACGUUCUGUUUGAGAAGUGGUUCUACUGCAAGGACCUCGGCACGCAGUUGGCCCCCAUCAUCCAGGAGUUCUUCAGCUCUGAGCAGUACAGAACAGGAAAGCCCAUCCCUGACCAGCUGCUCAAGGAGCCACCAUUCCCUCUGAGCACACGAUCCAUCAUGGAGCCCAUGUCCCUGGAGGCCUGGCUGGACAGCCACAGCAGGGAGCUGCAGGCAGGCACACCACUCAGCCUGUUUGGGGACACCUAUGAGACCCAGGUGGUCGCCUAUGGGCAAGGCAGCAGCGAAGGCCUGAGACAGAAUGUGGACGUGUGGCUGUGGCAGCUGGAGGGCUCCUCGGUGGUGACAAUGGGGGGACGGAGCCUGAGCCUGGCUCCUGAUGACAGCCUCCUGGUGCUAGCUGGGACCUCGUAUGCCUGGGAGCGAAUGCAAGGCUCUGUGGCCCUGUCUGUGACCCAGGACCCUGCCUGCAAGAAGCCCCUGGGGUGACCCUCUUGCCAUGGCCUGAAGCAGCCACAGGUGUGCCAAGCACCCUCGAGUGCCAUCCCUGCCAAACAACUCUCCUAGCCCCCACUACCUCUCUGUGUACUGCCGCUGUGUCCCCUACAGACCUGGACAUUGUUGUCACCCACCCUCCUGCCCUUCUCAGUCCAGAUGCCACGCCCCUGGGCGGGCAGCAGCUCCCCAUCUUCUCUGGCAGCCUCAGCCCACUGCCUUGCCAGUCUUGCCAGGUGGUCUACCCCCAGCCCGCUCCUGCCCAUUCCUCUGUCCCUGCAGACUCAGUGCAGCACUUCCACACCAAGAAGGCCCUCAAUAAAGGCUUCCUGAGGAAC